UGUCGAGGAAGAGAGCAACUCCAGCAUUCACAAAAAAAACUCAAGAGGAGAAAAAAGAAGAGGUUUGCAAUUUUUUGUAUUUUUGUUUUUACCUAUCGUGGGCGUGGGAAGUUGUAUCUAGAAUAUUAUAAAUUCAGAAGGCCACACACAAGAGCGUCCGGCAUAACGGUGCAAGGCCAUAACUUGCUUUUUGCUUUCCGAAUCUUACCAAAUUCGCUAUUAUUAAACGAUUACUUUCAUCGAGAUAAAGGGACUGGUACCGAUGGUGAUGACUUUGCGUCGGUAUGGACGCGCACAAAUUUUUGGGCGUACCCAUUCAAAAGUAUAUAAUUUUGGAGAUAAGUUUCAGUUCAUGGAUCAAACCUGACAAGCAGUGCUUCGAACUUUCGAUUUUGCUCGUACUCGUACUUCGUACCUGCCCCAUUUUUUUGCUCGUACCUGUACGGGUACGAAUUUUGGUACGAGCUUCGAAGCAUAUUGGGGACCCUUUAUGAAAAUUUACUAUUUCUAUAACAUUUUCCUUUUAGCCUGAAAAUAUCAAAAUUAUUUAUAAAUUGCCGGAUGUUUUGCAGAAAAUUGAGGACAAUUCUGAUCGCAAAAUUAAAGAAGUGGACUCAAUGCGUGCUUCUUUGGAAGGAAAAAUUGACAAAGUGAGUGGAAGGGUAGCCGGACUUCAAAUCAUAGCUGGCAUUCAAGCUACUAUUUUUCUUUUAAUGUUGAAGCUUUAUUUUGAUCUUUCUCAAAAGCAACAAACUGACUCAAAACCAUUUGGUGAAUUUCUCUCGCGGGUGAAGCAAAAUUUCAAUUCGUAUUUUGUAGCUUCGGGUACUGAUGACAAUUAAAUGAAGAAAAUAAAUUUUUAAAAAGCGGGUUUUUAAGACGUAUCUCACAAAAAAUGCCUAUAUAAAUUUAUAUUAUUUUUGACACAUUUCUAAAUUUUUUAUUUACGGUGUAGUGGUUGUCGGUAACAUGUUUUUCCGGAAAUUUUCCUUUUUGUGGGGGGUUUUGUUGAUUUUUUAUGAUUUUCUUUAAAAAUGUUGGACCUUAAAUUAAUAUUCCAAAAUCUUCGGGUUUUUAUGUUUUUUCG